CGCUCGGGCCCGGCUUCCGGUAGGCGCCGCGGCCCGCGGAGAUGGCGAGUGCGGCCGCGCGGUCGCCUGCGGACCAGGACCGGUUCAUCUGCAUCUACCCCGCCUACUUGAACAACAAGAAGACCAUCGCUGAGGGUCGCAGGAUCCCGGUGAACAAGGCUGUUGAGAACCCUACAGCUACAGAGAUUCAAGAUGUGUGCUCAGCAGUCGGACUCAAUGUCUUUCUCGAGAAAAACAAAAUGUACUCUCGAGAAUGGAACCGGGAUGUCCAAUACAGGGGCCGGGUCCGCGUCCAGCUCAAGCAGGAAGAUGGCAGCCUCUGUCUUGUCCAGUUCCCGUCACGUAUGUCAGUAAUGUUAUAUGCGGCGGAAAUGAUCCCUAAGCUAAAAACAAGGACACAGAAAACAGGAGGUGGGGACCAAACUCUUCAGCAAGGAGAGGGAAGUAAAAAGGGGAAAGGAAAGAAGAAGAAGUGACUGGGGGGAGAGCCAAGUAUGCCGCCCAGCAGUCAGUGGUACAGAUGGAGGCUUCUCAUCUAUAUCCGAAAGGAAAAACAGCUUUCUGUGUGCAUCAUUCAACUGAACUGCGAACAGAAUCAGAGUGGACAGUGACAUUUUCAUCAGAAGUUGCAUGUUGCUUUUUAAAACAUUUAUUUUGCCUUUCAACAUAUUUCUUAUGGAAAAAACAUUUUAGAUGAAUAGCCACCUGUACCAUAAAUUACUUGAAAUCCUACAUCUAGUUGUCCUCUCUGUAAACAUAUUUCAGAUCAAUGAGUCACCUUAUAAGUUAAAUAAAAUGUUUGAAACUGA